AUCCUAUUAAUGACACCAGCUGCAGCUCCGGGAACAGACGCCGUGAUUCCGCCAGAAGUGAGGUACGCUCAUCCAGGCUUUGAAGUGUCAUUUUAAUUUGUUUCAUUACAUUGAAAAAAAAAAUAAUGAUAAAACAAUUCAAACUUUUCAGGAAUCCCAGGAAUGGAUUUUGACUCUUCGCCGCUGUCCGCUGUGCGCAUGCGCGCCGGUGCGCCCCCGCCUCCUCUACCUGAGCGAAGCACACCUGAGUCCAACGAGACGGAAGUUUGGUGAAAUCUCAACGCAGAGCGGAUCUCCUUCCCCCCUCGCUCUCUCUCCUCGAUAGUUGCAUUGAAGUUGAAACAACAAAUACAUCUCCAAAUGGACUCCAAUUAAAGCAGGAUGUCGCUCCCGGGCUUUUCUGAAACCCCUUUCAAGGACUGACAACUUUAACCUCUAAUUCAGCGACCGAUGCUGGAUCUCUGUCCACAGCCUGCCUGCUCCCCAUUCAAGAACAAUGACAGCUCUACGCAGAGUUCUUCGAAGGAGAUUGCACCCACUUACACUGGCAGUCGUGGCCCUCGUCUUUGUCACAUUUGUCUUCUUCAUACAAUGGGAAGUGGGGACCCAGAGCCGGGGGGAGGACCCUUGGCUGAAGGAGGUGGCAGUGAAGCGAGACACCAUGCUGGGGAUGGUGAUGGGAGCUGUCAACAACUUCAGGGAUUCCAUGCCAAAGAUGCAGAUCAAAGCCCCGGUGCGGCACCAGGACAAGCCGGGCUCCGGCUCCUGCCUGCCGGGCCACUACACCGCCGCUGAGCUCAGGCCAGCUCUGGAGAGGCCGCCCCAGAACCCUCUGGCUCCCGGAGCUGCCGGGAAACCGUUCCACACGGACUCACUGAGCUCGGAGGAGCAGAAAGAGAAGGAGAGGGGUGACGAGAAACACUGCUUCAACGUGUACGCCAGUGACCGCAUCUCCCUGAGCAGAGACCUGGGCGCAGACACGAGACCACCUGAAUGUAUCGAGCAGACCUUCAAGCGAUGCCCCCCCUUGCCGACCACCAGCGUGAUCAUUGUGUUUCACAAUGAGGCUUGGAGCACCCUUCUCAGGACAGUGUACAGCGUCCUCCACACCUCCCCUGCCAUUCUCCUGAAGGAGAUCAUCCUGGUGGACGACGCCAGCGUCGACGAUGUAUUGAAGGAUGAGCUGGACGCAUAUUUAAAACAGCUGCACAUCGUGCAAGUCGUCCGCCAGCGGGAGAGAAAAGGACUCAUAACCGCUCGGCUUCUGGGAGCCUCCGUGGCCACCGGAGACACGCUCACCUUUCUCGACGCCCAUUGUGAAUGCUUUAAUGGCUGGCUGGAGCCGCUGCUGGCGAGGAUAGCGGAGAACUACACGGCAGUAGUGAGUCCUGAUAUAACCACGAUUGAUCUGAACACGUUUGAGUUCAUGAAACCGUCCCCGUAUGGCCAGAAUCACAACCGGGGCAACUUCGACUGGGGUCUCUCCUUCGGCUGGGAGAGUCUCCCAGAUCACGAAAAACAAAUGAGGAAGGAUGAAACAUAUCCUAUUAAGACUCCAACGUUUGCUGGUGGGCUGUUUUCCAUCUCUAAAGAAUAUUUCUACCAUGUUGGAAGCUAUGAUGAAGAAAUGGAGAUCUGGGGGGGGGAGAAUAUAGAAAUGUCAUUUAGGGUGUGGCAGUGCGGUGGACAGCUGGAGAUUAUUCCCUGCUCCGUUGUCGGUCACGUCUUUCGCACCAAAAGCCCCCACACCUUUCCUAAAGGUACACAAGUGAUCGCUCGGAACCAGGUACGGCUGGCUGAAGUCUGGAUGGAUGAGUACAAGGAGCUCUUCUACCGCCGCAACCAGCAGGCUUCCCAAAUCGCCAAAGAAGGAAAUUUUGGCGAAAUCUCCAAACGCACGGAUCUCCGAGCACGGCUGCAGUGCAAAAGCUUCUCUUGGUAUUUGAAGAACGUCUAUCCAGAAGUCUUCAUGCCUGAUCUCAACCCUCUCCGCUUUGGCUCAGUGAAAAAUUUGGGCAAAGACUCAUGUCUGGAUACUGGAGAGAACAAUGAGGGUGGAAAAGAGCUGAUUAUGUACCCAUGUCAUGGAUUAGGAGGAAACCAGUAUUUUGAGUAUUCCACUCGUCACGAGAUCAGACACAACAUUCAGAAGGAGCUGUGUUUGCACGGGGCAGCGGGGGCUGUGAAGCUGGAAGACUGCCAGUACAAAGGCAGUAACACAUUUGUAGGAACAGAACAAAAAUGGGAACUGAACGAUAACCAGCUACUGUACUUCCCAGGAUGGAGCAUGUGUCUGACUGCCCGCCAUGAGCGCCCCACUCUGGCUCAGUGCAACCCCUCGGACAGAUACCAGCUCUGGUCCUUCAUCUGAGUGUGCAAAACACUACUAUGGAAGUAGCUACUUUGUAUGCAUGAGCGUACUAGGACACAAGCAUUCAAUAAUGUAUGCAGUUUUUUUUUCUUUUUUAAAGAGUAACGACUGCAUUGAGUUUUAAUUUAUUUUUAUACAUAAAGAACAGAACUGCUGCUGGAAAGUCUGGACUUUGGAAGAAACCAUCAUGUACCACUGCUACAAGGAAACACUAUUCUUCCAAAGACAUUGACGAUGAUGAUGGUGGUGGUGAUGAUGAUGCACUGUGCCGAAACGUGCCUCCUUUUGUGUUUUAGCUGUUUUCUAUCUUUUGAGUCGUCAUAACCAAAACAUUUGGUGUUUAAAGCCUGAAUGUUAUCCAGAGAUACACAUGCAUGAAUCUAAAACAGACUGUGUACAUUCCAAACAAGAAUUUCAGCUGGUCACAUGUGAAUCCCAAGAAACAGGCAGUGCAAAUGUGAAACACAGGAAUAAUGUGCAUUGUCCAUUUUAAAAGAAAUAUGUCAUUGAAUGCGUACUUAUUAUUUGGAACCGUCCAGUGCCUUGGAUGUAAUGCAAUUAUUUUUUUUGUCCUCUUGGGUGUGAAAGUGGUUGGACGCUGGGUGGCGGAGUGCUGAGGUUGAAGCUAAUUUGUGGUGAAUCUGAAUUGUCUCCUACAGUCAAUGUCACACAAAUUGAUUUUUUCUUUUUUCAGUGUUAAAAACAUUUUCAAUAUUAAGAGAAAGAGGGGAAAAAAGGGUAGUUUAUCACUACUGAGGGUCAGUAGAUUAAGUUGAGGGAAAGGGCUUUGGGUCUUUAACAUGGUUUAUGAACAAGUAGGUUUAUUCUAAGGCGAAAAAAUAACAGUAAAGGUUCUUGAGCAAAGUUUACAAUGAUUCACUCCUAAUUGCAGGAGUGCCCUGGGGUAUUAUUUGAAAGUUUGAGUGUUUUUUAAAGGGAAACUUUUAAGUUAAAUAUUAUUAAACCAUUUUGCUCAUGAAAAGCCAAAAAUUCUCUUUUGCAUCUCAGCAGUUGUCCACGACUGAACUUCUGGUGCAGGCACUAGUGUUUAGAUGUCUGUGAAAUACCGUUUUUGUUUGUGACUGGUUAAAGACCAGAUCAAACGUAUUUGAUUUUCUUAAAUGGAGACUGAUGUCAUUUGAGGGGAGUGCUGUGGAGAUGUGAAGUUGUGCUCAAUAAAUUAAGUUGGU